AUGAAAUUGAUAGUAGCAUUUUGUCUGCUGGGCGUUGCCUUUGCUGCGCCACCACCAGCAUUCUACUCUUCAGACAGCAAGAACGCAGAAAUUCUCCGAUAUGACAACGAUAACACCGGAUUUGGAUCAUACAGAUAUGAAUUCGAACAGAGUGAUGGCACAAAACAGGAGCAGCAGGGGCAAGUAGUCAAUGAGGGCAGUGAGAAUGCAUAUCUGGCGGUUAAAGGAAGAUUCUCCUACGUGGCUCCGGACGGCGUAGUUUACACCGUUACAUUUGAACAAUCGGAUGGCACAAAGCAACAACAACAAGGUGAACUCGUUAAAAAAGGUUCUAAUGAAUACCUGUCCGUUAAAGGUAGCUUCACGUACAUAGGCCUAGAUGGUGUUACUUACACCGUAACGUACACUGCAGACGACAAUGGAUACAGACCAGAGAUAGAACAGGGCCCAGGUGGUGGUGUACCUGAUGCCGUGGUCGCGUCCAUGCUUGGA